UCCGACGGCCCGGUGACGCGGAACCUGGCUGCCCCGCAUCGCUCUUCUCUUCCUCCUUGCCCUCAGCAGAGCCCGCGCUGCCGUCACGAUGCCCGAGGUGAGCACGGAGCACCUGGACGAGCAGCAGGUGCAGCUGCUGGCUGAGAUGUGCAUCCUCAUCGAUGAGAACGACCGUCGGAUCGGGGCGGACACGAAGAAGAACUGCCAUCUGAAUGACAACAUCGACAGAGGUUUACUGCACCGAGCGUUCAGUGUUUUCUUAUUUAAUACAGAAAAUAAACUGUUACUGCAGCAGAGGUCAAAUGCUAAAAUCACAUUUCCAGAUUGCUUUACCAACACUUGCUGUAGCCAUCCGCUGAGCCACUCACUGGAACUGGAAGAAAAUGAUGCCAUUGGAGUUCGGAGAGCAGCACAGAGACGAAUGAAAGCAGAGUUAGGAAUUCCUAUGGAGCAGGUUACUCCGGAAGAAAUCUUCUAUCUGACACGAAUUCACUACAAGGCCAAGUCUGAUGGGAUCUGGGGUGAACAUGAGAUAGACUACAUCUUAUUUGUGCAGAAGGAUGUAACGCUGAAUCCUGAUCCCAACGAGAUCCAGAGCUACUGUUAUGUGACCCAGAAAGAACUGAAGCAACUUCUGGACAGAGCCUCGAGGAACGAAGUCAAGAUUACUCCCUGGUUUAAACUAAUAGCAGAGACCUUUCUUUUUAAGUGGUGGGAUAACUUACAUAACUUGAACAAAUUUGUUGAUCAUGAAAAAAUACACAGAAUGUCAUAGCUGCAGUGAGAGAUGCUGAAGGCUGAAGUGAUGUCUGUGUGGUAACUCGUGACUUGAGUGCAGGGAAAAUGGCCCACCUGGAGCAUGUUUAACAAGUGACUUUGAACAGAUGGUUGUAGCCAAUGAUUUUUCCUAUCUCUUCACCUCUUCUUCCAUCCCAGUAAUAUAAGAAACCCCCUUGAUUCAUCUUUCUGUUACCUCAUGUGGUGCUAAGAACCCUCAGCCUGCGUGUGCCCAGUUUGCUCUUGCUGCCUUGCAGACUUGCAUGUGCUGUAAGGGAGUGUGGGCACUUCCUGCCCAGCUCCUUCGGUAGAGAUGGUGCAUUUUCAAUUUUAUAUCAGUGCAUCUUCCAGAAUGCUAAUUACAAACCCAUGUGAGUUCUGCACUGAUGUGACAGAACUAGUCUGUGAAGAAAAACAAUUAAUUCAAAGUGAUCAGGAGUGCUUUAAUUGCAGAACAGAUCUCUCUGGCUGCUGUACUGUGUAGUUAAUCAGAUAUGUGAAAGCUCAAGUAAUUGGAUCAUCUGUGUGGACUGAAUUUCACUUUGAACUGCUACACAAUGUGUUAUAGCUUUAGAUAAUAAACACUGAUUUUAAAAUUCUUUUUAAAAUCUUUCUAGCCAUCCCCUGCCUAUUUAGUGAGCAAAUACUGCACAUCUUUAAUUAGAAAGUAAUGUUUAAUUACCCUAAAUGUAGAUGGUAGGUAACUACCUACUGACCGUAGCCUGUCCUUGGAGAAGGGAUGUGCAUUGGAGAGUCUUCCUCACCUUACAGAAAACAAGGCAGCUUGAGACAAACUUUUUAUUGCAACAUCUGAUUUCUUCCCAAUGUCCUGGAAAGCUCAAAUCUCCUGAACUCCAAAAUUCAAGAUUGAGAAUCUAUAGGCAUACACAAAGUCUUAAUUUCAGUUAAUUAGAAAAAUCUACUAGAGGGUAAGAGCUAAGCCACAGCCACCCCACAUAGAUUUCUUAAGUUAAUUUCUUUGUGUUUUCUUGGUGAAAUAGGGUAUUUUCCAUACUGAUUCCCCUUACUUGUGAAACAUGAUUUCAACUAGUCUGUGUUUGAUGGCAAGGUAGAUUUAACUUUUCUAGUUUGUUGCUCAUCCCAGUUGUGUCCAUAGUUCCACACUUAGAGGUUUUAGGCCAAGCUGUUGUAUGCUGACCUGAAGCAAAGAAUGGUGGAGGAGGGAAUAGCAAUGCAGUGUAACAGCUGUCUUGAAUUUGGUUUCAUCAGCUACAGUACCUAAGUAGUCUCUUCUGAAUAGCUUUUGAAAUACCUGCCCUACUUUUAAAUGUUCUCUUAAGGCUGACUAUUAAAACUGUUAACCUAAAAA